AUGCUGGUCGAGAUGCACUUCGGCUCGGCGCUGUGGCAGGACAUUUUGCAAGCGCAGCAACCUCGCAAGACGAAGAAGAAGAGCCCAUGGGAGCCAUCCGAAGCGUGGACGCUGCUAGGACCCCCGACGGCGCUGCUCGGUCCGACGACGGUCGAGUCCAUGUAUGCGGCCGAGCCGCAGGGCGACAACCAGGCGACGCAUGACCUGCCAUCACCAGUCGCGGACGCCAGCACGACGCAGAGCUUGCUCCCGGCUUUCGAUUUGACGGACGCAAAGGGCACCAUGACGCCCGAGCUGCGUCUGGACGCGAUGCUGCGCAUGGUCCGGCUGGCACGGACGAUCCAGCGGGCGGCGCAAAAGUUCAAGCGGCUCUUGCAUCGAAGCGAGCGCCCGAUGCAGCUCCAGAUUCACCGCGCGACGGGGUUGCGGCCCGCCGACUGGAACGGGUUCAGUGACCCGUAUGUGAUUGUGACAGCAUUCGAGCUUCGCGGUGUCCAGACGCGCUACGAAGUCGCCAACUACAUGAUGACCAAGACCGAGAUCCAGUACAAGACGCUCAACCCGGUCUGGGACUUUACCGUGCUCUUGCCGCACAUGACGCCCGAGACAACGGUGUGCUUGACGGUCGUCGACUACGACUUUGGCUCGAGCCCGGACUUUCUUGGCCAGGCGACGGUCUCGAUGGACCAGCUCCACGAGAGCACGGCGCUCGAGCUCAAGCUCGGGCCGCUUGUGCACACGCCGUUGCACGCCGACGGCUCGCCCAUGAGCUUUGGCGACCGGGACACGCCCGGCCAGGGCACGCUGGGCCUCACGCUCUCGCCCGUGCCAUGCCUUGUCUCGGGGCUCCUCCGCGUGCUCCCGCCAGCGCCUCUGGUCCGCGCCAACUGGUUUGGCACGGGCCCGACCUUCCAGGAGAUGUAUGGCGUUUUGCGAAGCGAUACACUGGUGCUCUACUCGGCGAAGGACCGCGCGACGUGCAGCCCGAGCUUCACCGUGCCACUCGAUUCGAUCGCGCGCAUUUUGGACCAGGAGAACGAAGAUGGGCAGUGGGAACUGCACAGCCAUGAAAAGCAUGCGUUGCCACCGUGGACCUUCCGCGCCGAGUACUGCUGCGAAGGCGGUGAAGAGGAGCGGCAGCGGACCCAUGCGCGCUGGGUCAAGGCGCUGAGCCGAGCGACGCACCGCCCCGUGCUCGUCGAGCGGUCGCCGUCCCAGUUCCGGUUCAAGUUCAUGGCCUAG